AGAUGUAGAAAUUUUAUUAUUAUUGCAGUUAAUAAAUUGGAAUUUGCAUUCACUUUGACAUUUAGUCUAUCAAUUAUUUUCUAACAUUUAGCUAUUCUAAAAAUAAUUAAAUAUUUUGAUUAUAUAUUUCAACAGAAGAAGAAUUGAAUUCUGAGCAAACAGUUUCUACCUCCGCAUCAGCCAUGAAAUGGGCAGGUUGGGCAGUUAGUUCUCUGACAUCUAAAUUUUAUCGAUCCUAUACACCCUCUCAGCCUGGUUCCAGUGAACAAAAUGAACAGAAUGAAAAAUUAGAUAAUAAAAUUGUUUCUGACACUUCCAAUGAUCAAACAAAACUUAAUAUGGAUAGGAGUGAUACACCCUCUGAUUAUGAGGAUGCAUGGAAUGAGACCGAAUGGGGAAAUAUAGAAAGUGAAUCAAACAUUGAUAAACCACUAUCAUCUGAGAAUGAUCAGUUAGAAGGAUGGGAAUGUGAUGACUGGGAUAGUUUUGAAAUUAAAUCUGAAGAUAAUAACUUCAAAUCAGAAAUGUCAGUUGAGAAAGAAGUAUCUGGAAAAGGUAAAGAACUGAAAGAUUACUUCAGUAAAGAUGACGAUUCAUGGGAAAGUUGGUCUCAAGAACCAGUAAAGACAACAAAUAAUAAUAAAAAUGAAGAAAUGAAAAGAAGAAAGGAAGAACGUAGACAACAAAGAGAGAAAGCAAUGCAAGAAAGACAGAAGAGAAAACAGUCCUCCAGUGGUCCAAUGAAACUUGGAGCUCAGAAAGUUUCCUGAAAAUAAACAUAUCCCAUGUAAUAAUAAUGGUGCCAUCAUAAUUAAGUUUCCAAUGGGCUACUUCCAAAUGCACAGUGGUCAAAUCAUUGUCUGGAAAAUCCAGUUCAGUUGUGUAUCUGUGUAUAUUUUAUUUAAAGUUUCUCUUUGAUAAUUUAUAUUAUUAAUGACUACAAGAAUUUAAUGUAUAUUAAAGAAGGUUUUUAUUUUUUAA